AUGGCUACCCCCAGUGUCCUUACCUUUGAUGCUGAGGGUCGUGCCUCUCCUGCCCCGCCUGCUACUGCUGACAGCACUGUUCGUUCACAGUGGGCCACACGCGAUGCUGCUGCCCGCCUUGCUGUGCGUCGCCACUUACCAACCACUGAGCGUGCGCACUUUAGCCAGUACAAGAGUGCUCAGACCUUGUACGACGCUGUAGUUGCACGCUACUCCUCCCCUGCCACUGCUGCGCUUAGCCGCCUCAUGCUGCCUUACCUGUUCCCUGACCUAACUGCCUUUCCCACUGUAGCUGACCUCAUUACACACCUUCGCACUAGUGACACUCGCUACCGCGCUGCGCUUCCUACUGAGUUCUGUGCCAAGAACUCCCCCCCCAUGCACAUCACCCUUUACUACAUAGUCACCCGGCUCCCUGACUCCCUUCGCUUAGUCACGGACCACUUCCUCUCAGUUUGCCCCACCACACUUACCGUUGACCUCCUCGAGGAGCGCCUCCUAGCAGCAGAGAAGAGCAUCGUCGCUGUAGGAGCCUCUCGUGGUGACCCUCGCACCCCCGUCUUUAAGGGUCGGUCGGCGCUGCGUCUGCCCCUAGCAGGAGACGCCGCACUGGCAAGGGCAAGGGGGGCAAGGGCGCUGGAGGGGCUGGCAGGGCCAGUGGAGGUGGUGGUGGAGGCAGUGGAUGGGGUGGGGGUGGUGGUGGGAGUGGUGGCGGGGGUGGAGGUGUCGGUGGCAGCAGUGGAGGCGGAGGAGGCGGCGGCGGUGGCAGAGGGAGAGGAGGCGGCGGAGGUGGCGGAGGCGGCGGAGGUGGCGGAGGCGGCGGAGGUGGCGGAGGCGGCGGAGGUGGCGGAAGCGGCGGCGGCAGCGGUGGAGCUGGUCGCGGCUCUGGGCAGAGGAGUGGGUCCGGUGGUGGUCCGCGCUGGCAGCAGCAGCGCAGUCGUGAGACCCUGUCCCCUUAGCAGCUUCGUGAGUGGUACGCUGCGCGUCAGGGCGAGCUGCUUUGGCUACCUGACGGACGAGUGGCAUCACCAGUUCCCUAACACCACUGAGAUCCCUCAGUGGGGAGAGCUGUCUAGGUCGGGGGUCGCUAUCUUUGAUCUUGAUUAUGAUGCUCUUCUUGCUGCCAUGUAUGUUGUGAUUGAUAGUGUUGAGGGUGACUGUUACCUGUGUGUUCCGCCUGACCCGGGCAUUGAGGCUGCUGCUCUAGGUGCAGGUGAGGCUGCUGCUCUAGGUGCUAGUGCGUCUGCUGCCCCAGGUGCUGGUGAGUCUGCUCUCUCAGGUACUACGUCGGCUCAGGCCUUACACACCUUCACCCUUGACUCGGGUGCUUCCCGCUCCUUCUUUCGAAACCGCACCACGCUUACGCCGCUUAGUCGGCCGGUUGCGGUCUCCCUGGCGGACCCCUCUGGGGGUCCUGUCCUUGCUAGCUUCUCCACGGUCUUAUCGUGCCCGGCAGCCCCCUCUGGCACCCUGUCAGGUCUCUACCUCCCCUCGUUCUCUACAAACUUGGUGAGUGGAGCUGAUCUUCAGAACAGGGGGGUUGACCAGUUCACUCCUGCGAGUCUGCGGGUGACCCACUGCACGUGUGCUCAAAUGGGCCGACACUUGGCCACGUUCACCCGUCGGCCGGGGUCGAGCCUGUACACACUUACCACUAAGUCUCCUCCGGCUGCUGAGUCUGACUCUCCUUUGGCACCACCGCCUUGGUCACCCCUCCCUGCCUCGUCUCCGAGGCAUGGCCUCCGUGUCCUUGUCUCUGGUCUCCCCCGGUCUCUCCUACCUCCGGAGCCUGCCCCUACCUGCGUCCCCUGCGUCGAGGGGCGACAGCGCGCCGCCCCUCACUCCUCCGAGUUUCCUCCGACAGAGGCUCCGCUGCACACUCUUCACAUGGACGUGUGGGACCCCACCCGCGUCCGUGUGUCCAAAGUAGACGCUGUCGAGACUGUCGAGGAAGCUGUUGACUCUGGUGCUGCUAGAGGUGGUGAGCCUGCGGGUGCCGGGUCUGGAGGUGCUGAGCCUGAGGGUGCGGAGCCUGGGGAUGCUCAGUCAAGGGGUGCGGAGCCUGGGGGUGCUCAGCCUGGGGGUGCUGAGUGUGGGGGUGCAGAGCCUGGGGGUGCUGAGUCUGGGGGUGCUCAGCGUGGGGGUACGGAGCCUGGGGGUGCUGAGUCUGCUCUUGUGGCCUCUCGCGGUGCUUCGUCGAGGCGAGAGCCACUCUCUUCGCAGGAGCUGCGCGAGUGGUUUGCCCGCGUUGGAGCCGUGCUGCUGGAGCUGGAGACACUACUGUUGCUGCUGGUCUCGGAGGUGCUCGUACUAGCGGUACAGGAGCUGCUGGGACUGGGGGUGCUGCUGGGGCUGCUGGAGUUGGUGCUGCUGGAGCUGCUAGAGCUGGAGCUGCUGGGGGUGUUGGCGCUGGUGGUUCUGCUAUCGCUGGUGCUUCUGAGGGUGCUGGAGUUGGCGCUGUUGGAGCAGGAGGUGCUACUGGCGCAGGUGCUGCCGCUUGGAGUACUGUCAGAGUUACAGCCCGCCUCCCCUCUACCUGCUCCUUCUCCCUACACUGGUCCUACUAGAGGUCUUGCUGAGCGUCGUGAGCUUGCGUCUCGUCCUGCGUCGCCUGUUCGUGCUGCUCGCACUAGUAGUCGUGCUCCGCGUCCGCGUCAUCCUACUGUCCCAGGCACACACCAGAUGGCACUGCGUCCUUCCACUGCUCCAUUGCGUGUCCCGUUGCCGUCUUCUCCACAGUCCUCUCUUCCUAUUUCAGCUGACCCUAAGUCAGACUCUCUUCGUGCUGCCAGUCCUACUGUCACGCGUCUCCUGGCCACUGUUGUCACUGACCCUUCCUUUGAGUCCACUGUUGCGUCGGCCCUAGUUGCUGAGCUUGUCGACUUUGCUGCUCUCUGUUGUCUAGACUACGCUGCUAGUCUUGUUGGUGAGUCUGAGUUUGUCUGUCCUCCGUCCGUCGGGGGUGAGUGUGCUCAUAGCACAGAUGUUCUUGAGGAAAGGCAGGAGGAGUUCCGGUGUUUUGCUGCUGCUUUGCCUCGUCUCGUGUCCACGCUAAUUGCCCGUGAGGGAGACCCGGAUGCACCAGACAUCCCGACUCCUCGAUCAUACGCUGAGGUGAUCGAGGGUCUCUACUCCUCUCAAUGGCAGUCAGCCAUGGACGCAGAGAUGGCUUCCUGGAAGUCCACAGGCACCUACGUCGACGAGGUUCCCCCACCUGGGGCGAACAUCGCGCCCCGUGAGUGGCACGACACACUGAGGACUACACUUGCGGCUCUUGGGUUUGCUCCUUCUACAGCCAACCCGUCGCUGUCUCUUCGCACCGAAACCUCUUUGCCGCCGUUCUACAUCCUCGUGUACGUCGACGACUUGGUCUUUGCCACUGCUGACACUGCUGGACUCGCCCACAUGAAAUCGGAGCUGCAGAAGAGACACACGUGCACAGACCUGGGUGAACUGCGCAGCUACCUUGGCUUGCAGAUCACCCGGGACAGAGCACAGCGCACCAUUACCCUGACUCAGUCACACAUGGUGCAGCAGGUCCUUCAGCGCUUCGACUUCACGUACUCCUCGCCUCAGGCCACUCCUCUGUGUACUCGCCACUCGCUCUCAGCUCUGCCUUCGGAUGAGUCCGUAGAGCCGAGUGGCCCAUACCCAGAGCUUGUUGGCUGCCUCAUGUAUCUGAUGACCUGCACACGACCUGACCUUGCAUACCCUCUUAGCAUCUUGGCACGCUAUGUUGCUCCUGGGAGACACCGACCAGAGCACAUGGCUGCAGCGAAGAGGGUGUUGCGCUACUUGUGCAGUACAUCGGGCUUGGGGCUACUGCUUGUAGGGCAACGUCGAGUGGUCCUCACAGGUCACGCAGACGCUUCUUGGGCUGACGACCAGGCUACGCAGCGGUCGUCACAGGGUUACACCUUCAGCCUUGGUUCCGGCUCUGUCUCGUGGCGGUCUACCCGCUCGUCUUCUGUUCUCGGCUCCAGCUGUGAGGCUGAGAUCUACGCGGGGGCCAUCACUGCACAGGAGCUACGCUGGCUCACCUACCUGCUGACUGACCUAGGAGAGCCGCCUCGUUCUCCUCCAGUUCUAUACGUAGACAACAAGGCCAUGUUGGCCUUGUGUCGGAAGCACAGACUGGAGCACAGAACGAAGCACAUUGCUCUCCGCUACUUCCUUGCUCGUGAGCUGCAGCAGCGUGGUCAGCUGCGCCUUGCUUACGUGGCCUCUGAGGCCAACAUUGCUGAUAUCUUUACCAAGGCACUUCGGCUUGGUGAUCAUCAGCGCUUCUGUACUAUGCUAGGUCUUGUGCCUACUUGGCCUCACUUGCUCACUUCUUGA